AUGGACCUAGCCACCUUCACUGACCUAGCGGAACAGGGCUUAGUGGCAAUCAAAGAGCCAACCUGUGUUCGUUAUUCUGGCGCCUUUGGCCCUAAUGGGCAAGACGUGUUUAGCUACCAAAUGCCAGGAACGGGCACAAUAGUUGUAAGUGCAUUCAUAGAGACCAGUGGCUACUUUUUCCAACUGACAAACCUUUCUGUGUCAGACGUUUUACUGGGACCCCGCAGGUACAAAAAUCGUACUGGGUAACAAUCAACUUCAGCGUCCUAGCCUCAAUAACCAAACGCUCAGAAAUAUGCCUCGAGUACGAGAGUUUGGAUUUGUGCAGGGCCGCCCAGUUGGGCCAAUCGAUACGAAGCCAGAUCGAAACUCAUAUAGACAAUCGGCAUUAGGAAUGAUGGUUGGGCAGAUUGUCUUCCCGUGUGAUCGAUGUGCUCGCGGUUUUGGCAAUUAUCCUUUUUGUGUCACUGUUCGGGAUCCGGUAACAGGCAAGCACCUCUUUGGUGGAGGCUGCAUGUCAUGCAAAUACACCGAUCAUCCUCAUACUUGUUCUUUCUAUGGACAUAUUGGGGCCCAGGGCAACCUGAGCGCCCCAUAUGUUCCUUACCCGAUUGAAGGAGUUCAUGGCGCCCAACACCAUAACACUGCCGACCUCGCCCCCGCUCCACAGUCACCUAUUGUAUUAAACCCUCCAUCUCAAACGGUAUCUGCACAGGUACCAACAAAUGAUAUCGACUCUUUCCAAGUGUUUGAUGCUGCUGCUCCUACAGUCGAUGCUGGUUUGGCAUUAUCCUCCGGACGCCACGAGACCACGCCACAAGAAGCUUUGAUCCGUCAUGAUUCUGUUGAUCUCAUGAAUGCAUCUUUCCACAACCAAGAUUUCGCUUCGCUUUUGUCUAUGGGCCCAGACCCCCUCCACCCCGUGCAAGGAAGCCGCAUUGAGCAGCCCCGCGGAAAAAAGACCAUCACUCAUCCUGCUGCUAGUCAUGUUGGUGCAGAGGCUUCAGGUUCAAUGUAUCCUGACGAUGUUACUAGUCAGCCUUCCAUCCCUGGCUAUAGCGUAUCACCAGCGCCAGCGGAUGAUUCGUUCCUUGAAGGUAAGAACAAACCACACCAGACUGGCAAAAACGAAGUUAACGAUAUAAGCAGAAUUGGAUUGGACAUGGUCGGCCGAGACGGAGUUCCCAAUGUCGAUGGACUCAUACUAAAUGAUGACAUCAAACCCGCGGUCGAUGGCUGCUAG